GCCUGUAUCCCGCAGAGAAAGCCUCCUUGGGACUCUGUGAGGAGGACCUGGGCAGCUCCUGUUUUGGGAACAGCUGGGAUAGGCUCUCCUGGUGACCCUCUGGGUGGGGGGCAUUGCAUAGGUCUGCCCACCGGGGAGUGCACACAGCAGGCUCAGCUUCCUAGAGUGCCUCCCAAAGUGUGUUGCUACGGGGUCACUGGGAGGCUCCUUGGGUGUGCGUUCGUGUGUUCAAGGGAAAUGUUACUGGAAGAGAUUUUCUCACAUUUGCACGUGAAUUUAUUUUUGCUAAUUUAUAAUCAGUUUUGUUCUAAAGCACUUGUAACUGCCCUCAUCCCUGGAUUGACAAAUGCAUAACCUGGGAAGCGUAUUUUCACUGUGGACGUUGUGUGAGGACAAAGUCCUUCCUUAGGCUGUGGACCUCUGUAUGUGUGUCGGGCUGGAAACCAGCGGAUCCUCUUAGAAGGGUUGUGUUGGCCUCAGCUGCAGGCAUGUGGCCAGAGGCCAUGGGUUGCCGGGAGGCCGUGGGCCAGGGAGAGGAGAUGCUACUUAUUCCAUGUGGUGUGGAGAAGAGUAAGCUGGCCGCUGUCCUCACAUGUUCAUGUACAAGAAGAUUCCAGAGCGGCCCCUGGGUGCCUCUGGGUGUCCCGUGACACCGAUGAGGGGGCCUGUGGUGGGGCUCAGUCACUGACCCACGGCUCGGCCCUCCCCAGGCAGCCCAGGUUGGGGAGCGCUUGCCUCCACGGCAGCAUCCAGGGCACGGGCAGCUUUGCCUGGAGAGGGCAGGCCCUGCCAGGUCCACCUCUGACAUUCUGGGAGCCACAAGGACACUGCCAGCCCAGAGCGGGCAGCAGACCAUCCGUGUGGCCUGGAUCCCACUCACAGACUGUGGAUCUGGAAAUGCUUCCUCUGCUUCUCACCCUGAGUUGGGCUAGGCCUGAGAAGUGGUGCCAGGAGGCUCACGGGGUCUUCACUGAGCCUUAGAGGAGUCUCCGUUGAUCUCUCGGAGGAGACGGGAGGGAUCCUGCCUGUUACACUGAAGAGGGAGUCCUGAAGCUUUGAGGAGCUUGAAAACCAGCCCGUUCCUAUACAGACAUAGAAACCAAGGCCCCUGCAGGAGCAGUGACUCGGCCACAGUCAGGUGCCUCCCAAGCCUGCACUCUGGGCGCUCCUGCUGGCUCUGCUGGGGAUGGCCCCUGGCCAGGCAGGGCUCCGCACCUGCAGCGUCCCUGACGUGCUCCACCACUACCGAGCGGUCAUCUUUGAGGACCUGCAGGCCGCUGUGAGGCAGGGUGGGCCAGGGGCACAAUGGACUGGGCCAGGCUCCCAACACCUCCAUUUCAUUCAGAAAAACCUGACUGGACCUGCAGCCCCUGGAUGGCGGGGUCGGGUGGGAGCUUCCUGCAGUGCCCAGAAGGAGCACAGUAUCCUACUGUCCAUUGCGUCCCUGGGUCGGACCCUGCGCAGGGUGGUGGCCCGGGGCCGCCGCGGGGCACUGGAGAAAGCAGCGUGGACCGUAGCCUUGCGCACCGAGGCGGUGAUGCGGCGCCACUGCUGGAUGCUGCGCCAGCGGAGCCGGUGGCCCGAGAGGCGCCCUCCCCGGCGUCGCGGCAGCCGGAGGAGGCUCCUACUGCGCGCCCUGGACGCCGUCGCCACCUGCUGGGAGAAGCUCUUCGCGCUGCGCGCGGCGGCCACGGAGGGCGCCUAGCGCGCUUCCUGCGCGGGCCCGAGAACAGCCGGCGGGGCCGCGGAGCCUGGGAACGAGCUUCGUUAGGUGACGACCGCGUUCUCUCCCUCUUGGCUCACCGCUGGGUCCCGGCCCCUCCCUUGUCGGAGCCCGCGCUCCUCGGAGGGCCCUAGACCUGGAGGUGAUGCUCCGGGCGCCA